AGCAGAGUCCUAUCCGGCGGCGGUGGCUAUCCCCAUCGCAUAAAAAGGUGGGGGGAGAGCCCGAGCCAAGAACCCUAGCUCAGUCUUCCCCGGAUCCAUCCUUCCUCCCUGCCUGCCUGCUCCCGUCGCCGCCGUCGUCCUCGCCCCCGGAGCUAAUCGUCGGAGAUGUCGGACUCGGAGGAGCACCACUUCGAGUCCAAGGCCGACUCCGGCGCAUCCAAGACCUACCCGCAGCAGGCCGGCACCAUCCGCAAGAGUGGCCACAUCGUCAUCAAGGGCCGCCCCUGCAAGGUUGUUGAGGUUUCCACUUCCAAGACUGGGAAGCACGGUCACGCAAAGUGCCACUUUGUUGCCAUUGACAUUUUCAAUGGAAAGAAGCUUGAGGAUAUUGUUCCUUCUUCCCACAAUUGUGAUAUCCCCCAUGUUGACCGUCAGGAUUAUCAGCUGAUUGACAUAACUGAUGAUGGAUUUGUCAGCCUUCUCACUGAGAAUGGUGGCACUAAGGAUGACCUGAAGCUUCCCACUGAUGAUGCUCUUCUUACCCAGAUCAAGGAUGGGUUUGAUGCAGGCAAGGACCUUAUCCUGUCUGUGAUGUCUGCCAUGGGUGAAGAACAGAUCUGUGCCGUGAAGGAAAUUGGGGGCGGCAAGUAAGCAGCUCCACGUGCUUGCCUAUCUACCUACCUACGAUACUUGGUAUCUAGUGCCUCCUGGUGUUUCAGAUACACAUACAUAGGCAUCAAGUUAUCCGUUGGAUGAAACUGCUUUAAUCAAGAUUUGUGUGUUUUUACACCGAAUGCUCGAGGUGCUGUUAGUACUUUGUUAUCUAUCUAUCUAUCUCUGUUAUACCUUUGAAAUUGGAACUGAGUGGAUGACUGGAUCUCUUAUUCUGGUUUACUUAUCCUUGUUAUCUAUGAAAUUGGUUUGGGUUAAUUUUGUUAAGCCUUCCUGCUGUGUUUCUUUGGUUCAUGAUGGUCGAGCGGAGUGUAACUGAAUUCCUUGGGUCUGAAAUCUUAUGCGAAUUAUGAAUUCCAUGUCA